UCUCUCCAAUCCCUGGAAUCUCUCUUCAUUUCUCGCUCUCUUCAACUCUCUCUCCUCAUUUCUCGCUCUAUUCAAUUCUCUCUCUCAAUCAACAUCGAGCUUCUUCUUCUGCUGUGAAUUGAGAAAUCAUGGCCCUCUCCAAUCCCUUUCUUCUCUCUCCACCAAUACAAGCGCUUCCUCUCACUCCAUUUACGCUCCAUUCCUUGUCCACUGUCGUCCAGAACCAAGCCAUUUGUAACUACAGCUUAACACUUUCUGCAAAGAAAAAAGGAUUUGGGUUUUGGUCCAGUAGUGACUUAUUAUUUGGAUCACGAGUUGGUUCUCCCAGUAAUGUGAUUGGAACUAGGAGAACCCUUCGCUUUGGAGCUAUCAAAGCUUCGACAGAUGGCGAAACUAAUACAGGGGUUAGGGAGAAGACUGUCUCUGUUGUUUUAUUGGCAGGGGGUCAAGGGAAGCGAAUGGGUGUGAACAUGCCGAAACAGUAUCUACCGCUUUUGGGACAACCAAUUGCUCUGUAUAGUUUCUACACUUUCUCUCGUCUCCUUGAAGUGAAGGAAAUUGUAGUAGUCUGUGAUCCAUCCUACGAGGACAUAUUUGAAGACACUACUCAAGAGAUAUGUGUUGACCUUAAAUUUGCACUGCCUGGAAAGGAGAGACAAGAUUCAGUGUUCAAUGGGCUCCAGGAAAUUGAUAGAAGUUCGGAGCUUGUAUGCAUCCAUGAUUCGGCAAGGCCUCUUGUAUCCUCGGGAGAUGUCAAAAAGGUCCUAAAAGAUGGUUUGCUGAAUGGGGCAGCUGUUCUCGGUGUUCCUGUUAAAGCUACAAUCAAAGAGGCAAAUAGUGAAUUAUUUGUAGUCAAAACACUAGACCGGAAAACACUCUGGGAAAUGCAGACCCCACAGGUUAUCAAGCCGGAGUUGCUUAGGAAAGGAUUUGAGCUUGUCCAUAGUAAAGGACUUGAAGUGACAGAUGAUGUCUCCAUUGUGGAGUAUCUUAACCAUCCUGUUUACAUCACUGUGGGUUCCUACACUAACAUCAAGGUGACAACUCCUGACGAUUUGCUUCUUGCGGAGAGGAUAUUGAACCUCAAUGAAGGGACCUCCCCAUAGUAACUUGUGCUACUCUCUCUCUCUCUCUCUCUCUCUCUCUCUCUCUCUCAAGCUGUAUUGCUUUGCGAAGUGAGGAUGUACUAUGCCAGAUUUCCUUUACCAAGUUCCCAACUGGCAACUAUAUUUCUGUGCUGUAUUUCGUUGGUGACACACUGACACUAAUGAAAAUAAAAAAAACAACUGUAUCGUAAUUCAUCCA